GCUCCUGCACCUUUGUUCUUGUCCUUUAUAACUAUCUCUCAUCGUCCUUUCGACCACUCCUCACGCCCACCGUGGCGCAUACGGCGCGUAGACCCAAUUCACCUCUCUUGUAGUUGAUUGUUUAGAUGCCAAGUGGGAACGUUCGGGGCGUAAUGCAACGUGUCCAAGACAGCAGCCGUUUUCUGGGGCGGGUGAAGCCGAACGCCUACAGGCGGGCACGGCGAGGCGCUCACCUCGGCACCGACAGCCCACGUGUUAAGGGCACCAUUCAGGCCUACACGUCCACCCUCCCAGAAGAGCAGCGGCAGCUGGGCCGAGCAGCUCUCUUUAAUCCCGUGAAGGUGUGCCCCUCGUGCGGGAAGCCAAACGGGCACACGCUUCAGCGGUGUAACAAGUGCCGCCGCAGUCUCCUCAGCGUCCGCCUUAGCGAGACUCCGAACCUCUUCACUGGCUUUCUCCUCGGCGUCGAAUCUGGCGGUCGCUUUCCUUUGAGGAUUUCGCUGCGGUCCGAAGAUGACGAGACGAUGGUCUUCGACGAUCCUUUGUCCCUCGCUCCCUUGCACUUCUGUGCCGUGCCCACGAAGCUCAUCCUACCAGACUGGCGCUUUCUGACGCUGCAGCCAGAGCGCGGUCUAGAGAUCCACCAGCGUCUCCUCACGGCCUGCCACGAUGCGGCGAGAAGGGACUUCUUCGACGAUGCGGCGUGGUGCGCGUCGCUGCUGCGUGUCCCGGCAGCGGCGAACUGGGAAUGGCACAUGAUAGCCGGCUACAAUUACCCUCCUUCGCAGAAUCAACUGCACAUUCAGUACAUGUCCCCUGCACUCAUGCCGCAUCAGCACAUGAUGUUUCUGCGCGGGGUCCACUUUACUCACAUGCGUUUCUUUCCCGUGGAUUACGUUGUGGCGUGCCUGCAGCGACUGGUGACCGAUAGGCAAUGCUGUACGCACGCCGAGCUGCAGCUGCCGAUCGAGGACUUUGUGGCGCUGUUGGAGCGCAGGUGCGGUGUGGCGUAUACCCCUCUUCACGCAGCCUUGUUGGAGAACGUUGCCGUCUCGUAUGCACUGUGGAACAACUGGAAGCCAGAGAAGUUUGAGGGGGAGUACGUUUGUGCCGACGCCGCCGGUGGGACUGAUGGCCGUGCUGUCUUUCACCCGUUCCACCUCACGGCCAGCGCUGUCGAGGCUGCACCGGAAGCACAGACGGAGCAGGCUGUGUUCGAACAGGAGAAGAAGUCGCUGGAGAAUUACGGCGUCUCCAUCAACCCCGUCGAUCGCCCCCUCGGCUUUUACGCUUUCAGCAAAGCACUGAGUGAGUUGGACGUGAGUUUUCUUGCACCGUGA